CGAGAGGCCGGGCCCCAGCGGCGUCCCACUUGGCAGGGCUCCCACCGGUUCUGGCGGCUCCCCCCGACCCCGCCCUCCCUCAGCCGUUCUAACUCUCGCACUUGGAAGGCAACGGUCAGCGUACGUGCCUGGAAUGGGAGCCGGCGUCUCCGAGAUGGGCCCCGAGGACUCCCACCGCCGCGGACAGGCAACUGCCCUCGGACCCCCCGGAGACCCAGGCAGUGACGGGCUGUGGCUCCCCGGCCCCCGUCCCGCGCGCGGCUCCCCCGGGGGCAGCAAGAGCGGGAACCGCCAGGAGGAGGCCCACGCCGCCCGCCCGCGGCCGGAAGACCUCAGGCCGCGGCAAGCCCGCGCCUGGCAGCGGACCGUGCCGCGCGCGAGCUCCGGGCGCCCUAAGGCGGAGGCGGGGCCGGAGGCGGAGGCCGAGGCGCCGCGAGACCCGCCGGGCGCCGCGCACGUCGGGACCGCCCUGGCCGGGCUGCGCGCCGAGCUGCUGGAAAUGCGUUUCCAAAACCACCAGCUGGCCAAAACUUUACUGGAUUUAAACAAGAAAAUGCAACGACUGAAAAAGGAGUAUGAACUGGAAAUUGCUUCCGAAUCUCAAAGCUCUGAACAUAACGUUGGGAAUCUGGAAUAAGGACGUGCACACUUGAAGAUCUGAACCCUAAAAACAACACAGACAACUCCAAAAACAAUUCUGAUGGUAAUAUUAUGGAUGCUCUAAGAUUUUAGGGGCAGUUUGUAGGCCAAAAACUUAGAUGCUGUUGGGAAGUGACAGAAAGCAUUUAAGAGAAGGGAGAGAGAAAAUGGUGUAUUAUCAAGUUUUAAAGUUAUAUAGUCAUAGUUUUGGCUGGGAAAUUCAAGUGAAAAAAAUGCAAUGAAGAAGGCCUCACGCUGGUUUUUAGCCUUCUAUCUUGUGCUACUUCAAUUUGCUGAUUACCUGAACUUUUAGAAUCUGUGCGUGUUUUUAUUUUAUUUGAUUAUUCUUGGUUUGUCUGUCCAGUUAGCUUUCAGUGUCUCUACCCCCCCCCCCCAAGUUUUUAUUUGGGAAUUACUUCUACCUAGACUCUAACCAUACCCUUAGGGAAGAGUCUUCCAAUAGGGAUGCCCUGCCUCCCCUUAGAUAGAGUCUCGCCGAUCAAGACAGACUGAUCAGCUUGUUCUACAAAUUUUUGAAGUAGAACUAAGGGAGUGGAUGAGUAUUCCCUGUUGGUAGAAGCCUUGCGAUUGGUAGAAGCCUUGCGAUGAGGGGCUUGGAAGCUGCUGGUGGCCAACAUGUGAGAAAGUGCCAGCUCCAGUGGAGGAGGUGGAAACUGUCCCAGAGUGCACAAAAGUCAUGGAAAGAGCUCAUCUUCCUUGUCCUUGGGGUUGAGCUGCAUAAAAUCCCAGUGCUCGCUGUCAUCUGGAUACAUGAGAAUAUUCUAAUAUCCUCCUAAAGAAAUCUCUUUCUGCCUAGGGCAGUUCAGUUGGAUUUUUAUGACUUAUACCCCAAAGAUUCCUAACAUAAUUCCUUUGUUCAGUUUUUAGGAGUUAAGGUGAUUCAUGUUGAAUUAGAAUAUCUAUCUUUACCCUAAAAGUACUGCCUCUGUAAUGCACAAAAUAAAAUCAAUAAGAAAAUAAUUGCAUACCUAAGUGAUAUUCAUAAAAGUCAUUAUCUGUAAAAAAAAAAAAAUUAAUGUGUCCUUACCUUUUUUCCACUAGAAGUGAAUUAUGCAAGGCUUUUGGUACUUUCUUUCCUCUGUAAAACUGAGGUAUCACUAUGUUCAACCUACAGGACACUGUCAAUGAGCCGUGGUUGGCAUUCUAUCUGGCCUCUGGAUUUCUUGAGAAAUUCUGCAUAUGAGCUCUUGGCUUAUAAAUAUACAGACUGAUUUCUUUACUUAUAUUUGUAAAAUAGAUGUUCUAUAUGUCUCUCCCUCACAGUUAUAGAAAUUCUGAAGAGUUGGUGGAAUUCCUUGUGAUCUGUUCUUUGAAAAUUUGAAAAAUAUUCUCG